UUGAAGCUGUCAAUUCACCCCGCUUGCGUCAUGAAUGGCAGCGACCGUGGUUUAUGUUCCGAAGCUACCCCACCAUUGCACAUAACAAGACUGUUGAACACCACAUCCGUGAACACGUCUUCUUCGCGGGCCAUUGCGUGCUACCCUUUGACCGUCUUUUUAUAAUAAGCAAGCCCUUUGUUGUGAUAUCCUGUCAAACAGAAUCCAUUUUGUCUUCAUCUUCUAUACACACCACCAACAUAUCACCGCCAUCCCCUCGAGCCUUGUAUACCUCGUACCAACCAACCAUCAUGGCUCUCGCACCCAAAUUCGCAGGCCAAAAGCUGUCCAUCCAGCCAAAAGCCGUCCACACUCUCGAACUAUACCUCGACUACGUCUGCCCCUUCAGCGCCAAACUCUUCAACACGCUCUACAACACAUCGCUCAAAAGCACCCUCCUCGAAACCUACCCGCACUCGCUCGUCACAAUCUUCCGGCAGCAAAUCCAACCCUGGCACCCGUCAUCGACCCUCGUCCACGAAGCCGCCUACGCCGUCCAACGCCUCUCCCCAUCCCACUUCUACGCCUUCUCCGCCGCCCUCUUCGCCCGCCAGACCGAAUACUUCGACGUAAACGUCGUCAACGAAACUAGGAACCAGACGUAUAAACGGCUUGCUGCGCUCGCGGGGGACGUCGGCGUCGACGAAGCGAAGGUGUAUGAGUUGUUGGCGAUUAGCGAGCGGCCUGGGGCGGAUGGGAGUUUGAAUGCUGGGAAUGGGGUUACGGCGGAUGUGAAGGUGCAGGUUAGGGCGAAUCGGUUGGUUGGGGUGCAUGUUACGCCUACGGUUGUUUUUGAUGGCGUGGUGAGGGAUGAGAUUGGGUCUUCGUGGGGGGUCGAGCAGUGGGAGGAGUGGUUGGGGAAGAAUGUUGAUAAGUAA